GAUGAUAGUCAGUCGCUCGUCGGAUCUCGACGAGUAAAGUUGCCUAUACCGUCUUCGUUAUUAAUUUGCAUAAGAAUAUAUAGACAGUUGCGAUAAAGUGCGAGAUUUGAUUUCGGUUUAUAUUCGGAACUACGUAAUAUGUACUAUUAGUAUACAAGUUUAAUAAAAUAAUUUCUUUUCUCAACAUGGUAUACGUAAUCGCUUUGACGGUGAUAGCGGGCGCCUUAGGCCUUUAUUAUUAUGUCUUUAAGAAUUUGGACUAUUUUAAGAAACAUAAUAUACCGCAUAAGAAGCCACUUCCCAUAUUAGGAAAUAUGGGAGCAAUAAUUUUCCGUCGUCAAUCAAUAGCUGAUCUUGUCAAGGACAGUUACGAUGUACAUCCCAAGGCCAAGUACGUCGGCAUGUUUGAUAUGACGACUCCACUUGUAGUGAUUCGUGAUCCAGAGCUUAUUAAAUCUAUCGCAUUAAAAAAUUUCGACCUAUUCACUGAUCAUCGCACUAUGCUCGAGGAACAUCAAGAUCCAUUAUUCGGCAAAAAUCUUUUUUCUCUCAAAGGAGAAAGAUGGCGACAAGUACGGCCCUUACUGAGUCCAGCUUUCACAUCCAGCAAGAUGAAAAGUAUGUUUAAGCUAAUGUCAGAUUACGCCGGUGAAUUUAGCAAUUACUUGACGCAAUUGCCAGCAGAGAAGAGAGUAGUAAUGGAUAUAAAAGAAGUCUUCACGAAAUAUACAAGUGACGUAAUAGCUACCUGUGCUUUUGGAAUUACUGUUGAUUCUAUGAGAAACCCGAAAAAUGAAUUCUAUGUUAUGGGAAAGGAGGCUACCACAUUCAGUACUAUCGCCUUUUUAAAGAUGUAUCUAUUAAGAUAUUUGCCUUGGCUCACACAUAUUAAAAUAAGACUUUUUCCUGAAAAAAUAUCGAAUUUCUUUCACGAGCUUGUAGAAACCACCAUAAAAACUAGGGAUGAAAAGGGUAUCGUACGUCCGGACAUGCUGCAACUUAUGAUGGAUUCCAGAGGCAAGGAGGACAAAGCACAACUAUCUAUCGAAGAUAUGGUAUCUCAGGCGUUCAUUUUCUUUUUUGGCGGCUUCGAGAGCACUUCGACAUUAAUGUGCUUUCUUGUUCACGAGAUCGCGGUGAAUGAGAACAUACAAAAAAGGCUUCAAAAUGAAAUCGAUCAGGUCUUGGAAGAAUCAAAUGGACAAGCACCAUACGAAAUGGUUAAUAACAUGGAAUACUUGGAUGCCGUAAUCAGCGAAGCUCUAAGAAUGUAUCCGGUUGCUACAGCAGUGGACAGAGUAUGCGUGAAAGAAUUUGAGUUGCCUCCGACGUUGCCAGGAAUGAAGCCCCUUAUUAUAAAAAAAGGAGAAGCUUUAUGGUUACCGAUUUAUGGACUUCAUCAUGAUCCGCAGUAUUUUGAAGAUCCAGAAAAGUUCGAUCCUGAACGAUUUCUUGGUGAGCGAAAGAAAGAGAGUCUGAACUCUGGAGCUUACCUUCCAUUUGGACUGGGUCCCAGGAUGUGCAUUGGUAACAGAUUCGCUCUAAUGGAGACGAAAGUUCUGGUGUUUCAUCUAUUAGCACGUUGCGAUUUAAAAGCUUGCGAAAAAACACUGUUACCACUCAAGAUUGCUAAAGACGGUUUUAAUAUGAAGCCCGAAGGUGGUUUCUGGCUGAAUUUAUCACCAAGAAAAAAUAUUCAUCGCACUAUUGCUACCAAUGUUGUCAAGAAGCACAUUAAAUUACUUCUCGCUAUAAAUGCGAUUAAAUUAUUGAGAUACUUUAACUUCUCUUGCGUAAGCGAUGACGUCAUGAGUACACACAUAAUGAGAAAGAUCACUCCAAUGACAAACAAGUUUAAUAAAAUAAUUUCUUUCUUCAACAUGGUAUAUGUAAUCGCAUUGACGGUGAUAGCGGGCGCUGUAGGUCUCUAUUAUGUUUUCAAAGAUUUGAACUUUUUCAAGAAACAUGAUAUACCGUAUAAGACGCCACUUCCCUUGCUAGGAAAUACGGGAGCAUUAUUCUUACGUCGACAAUCAGUAAUUGACUAUGUCAUGGGUAUUUAUAAUUUACAUCCCGAAGCCAAGUAUGUUGGCCUGUUUGAUAUGACAGAUAAACUUAUAGUGCUACGCGAUCCUGAUCUUAUUAAAUCUAUCAUGUUGAAAAAUUUCGACAUAUUUAUGGAUCGUCGCAUUUUCGUAGAAGAACAUCAAGAUCCAUUAUUCGGCAAAAAUCUUUUCUUUCUCAAAGGAGAUAAAUGGCGGCAAGUACGGUCUUUAUUGAGUCCAGCUUUUACGUCCAGCAAGAUGAAAAGUAUGUUUAAACUGAUGUCGGAUUACGCUGCUGAAUUUAGCAAUUACUUGAUGCAAAUGCCAGUGGAGAAGCGGAUAAUGGAUAUAAGAGAAGCCUUCACGAGGUAUACUAAUGACGUAAUAGCUACUUGCGCUUUUGGCGUUAGUGUUGAUUCCAUGAGAAACCCGAAGAACCAAUUUUACGUUUACGGCAAGGAGGCUACCAAUUUCGGGAUUGCCACUUUUUUGAAGAUAUAUGUGUAUCGAGUUCUACCUUGGGUGGCAGAAAUAUUUAAAAUAAGACUUAUUUCUCGACACAUAGCAGAUUUCUUUCGAGACCUCGUAGAAACUACCAUAAAAACUAGGGAUAAAAAUGGUAUCGUUCGUCCGGACAUGCUGCAACUUAUGAUGGAUUCCAGAGUUAAGGAGGGCAAAGAACUGUCUAUUCAAGAUAUAGUAUCUCAAGCGUUCCUCUUCUUCCUUGGCGGCUUCGAUGGCACUUCGAUGUUAAUGUGCUUCGUCGCUCACGAGAUCGCGGUAAAUCAGGAAGUACAAAAGAAACUUCAAAGUGAAAUCAAUCAAGUUUUGGAAGAGUCAAAUGGACAAGCACCAUAUGAAAUAGUUAAUAACAUGGAAUACUUGGAUGCUGUGAUCAGCGAGACUCUUAGAAUGUAUCCGGUAGCUCCAUUUAUGGAUAGAGUAUGCAUGAAAGAAUUUGAGUUGCCUCCGACAUUACCAGGACUGAAACCCUAUACUAUAAAAAAAGGACAAGCCGUAUGGAUACCGAUUUAUGGAUUUCAUCAUGAUCCGCGUUAUUUUGAAGAGCCGGAAAAAUUCGAUCCCGAACGAUUCCUUGGUGAGCGGAAGAAAGAAAGCCUCAACUCCGGUGCUUAUCUUCCAUUUGGGCUGGGUCCUAGGAUGUGCAUUGGUAAUAGAUUCGCUUUAAUGGAAACGAAAAUUCUGCUGUUUCAUCUAUUAGCACGUUGCGAUUUGGAAGUUUGCGCAAAAACACAGAUACCGCUUAAAAUCGGUAAAGAUGGUUUUAAUAUGAGACCCGAAGGCGGCUUCUGGUUAAAUAUAUUACCAAGAAAAAAUAUUCAUCACACUGUUUCUACCAAUGCUAGAACAAAAUGACAGAACAGAAAAAUGAAUUGAAUGAAUUUUUUAAUAUAUUGUUUCUUCUUAUUUUGUUAAUCGUACACUCGGGCUAUAUUAAUUUAAAAAAAAUAGUUUUUUAUUUGUUACUUUUAUAAAGUUAU